AUGGACUGCCCUCCCAGUCCCAGCAACGCAUAUGUUGCUGGCAAAUAUACCACGCACUGUAUUAUGUAUCUGUGUACUGUGUCGGCUAUACUCCAGCUAAUAGCCGCCUUUAUUGGCCUUCUUCCACUGGGAAUCCCCUGCCGUAUGAACCCACCAGCCCGUUACCGUUCCGGACACUUCCUCAUGUCGGUGUUUGCCGCCUGUCUGAUGGUCAUCGCCGCAGUCUCCUACGGGAUCGUCCUGUCGACCCUGUCCAAAGAUGCCGAUUACAACCGGGGAGUGGUGAGGAACGAUAUUAUCGCGCAGCGUACCCGCGAUUUGGUGUUCACCUUUAGGAUUCUCCUGAGUCUGCUCAUUAUCCUGCUGCUGGGGGCCCUGAUCAAUCUGGCCGUGGUGAUUGCGGUGUGCACGGCGGUGCGCAAGUGCUAUCGGAACUGUAAAGUGUGA